ACGUCCCUCCCAUCGCAAUGCCCCGCCCCUUCCUGCCCUCUCUCCCCUCCCCCUCGCUCCUGGCCGCCAGUCCCAGCGAAGAUGGCGAAGACCUACGACUAUCUCUUCAAGCUGCUGCUGAUCGGCGACUCGGGCGUGGGCAAGACCUGCCUGCUCUUCCGCUUCAGCGAGGACGCCUUCAACACCACCUUCAUCUCCACCAUCGGAAUUGACUUUAAAAUCAGAACAAUAGAACUAGAUGGGAAGAAAAUCAAACUACAGAUAUGGGAUACUGCUGGUCAGGAAAGAUUUCGCACAAUUACAACAGCAUACUACAGAGGAGCCAUGGGAAUAAUGCUGGUAUACGAUAUCACAAAUGAAAAGUCCUUUGACAAUAUUAAAAAUUGGAUAAGGAACAUAGAAGAGCACGCAUCUUCAGAUGUAGAAAGAAUGAUCCUGGGUAAUAAAUGUGAUAUGAAUGAGAAAAGGCAAGUUUCAAAAGAAAAAGGAGAAAAGUUAGCAAUUGAUUAUGGAAUCAAAUUUCUGGAGACAAGUGCAAAAUCAAGCAUAAAUGUGGAAGAGGCUUUUUUCACUCUUGCACGGGAUAUUAUGACAAAACUCAACAAAAAAAUGAAUGACAACAGUUCAGCAGGUGCAAGCGGACCAGUGAAAAUAAUGGAAAACAGAUCAAAGAAGAGCAGCUUCUUUCGAUGCACGCUGCUUUGAUGAACUCCUUUUAAUAGACUGCAGCAUACCUAGAGAGAAAAAAAUCCCUUUCCUGCUUCUCUGAAAGCGCAGGCUCACCUAGCCUCAGAGCUGUUACCACCAGGCUGCUGCUGAGAGCUCUGUUUGAACGUAGAGUGCACUAAACCAAGAUAAUGGAUUUUGGUUCGCUCUGCUUCUCAACGUGUUGGGCUCCCUCUUCUCAAAUGUGGAAGCUGUGAAGUCAAGUGAGACGCACAUGUGCAGAAGCUAAAUCUUUCUUCAUCACUUUGUUUCACUGCCUGUUUCAACAGCUGCUUGGUUUUUCUUUGCACACUUGUACUAGUCUUCGGUUGCCUGCCAGAGCAGAGUCUUGCCCUUGUUCUUGCACAGCUUUUUUUGUCUGCUAAGCAUUCCUUAGCAUUUUCCCCCAGCUGUAGUAUAAAAGGACCAGAUAGGAUCCCAUUAAAUAUAUAGGGCAUGAUCCAGCCCUUCAUACAUGCAGUGCCCAUGCUCAGAGGAUCCCCGUAGAGUCAGUAGAACUCUGCCUACAGUGAUGCUUGGGCAGCGUAAAAGACUAUUAGAGCUAUGUUUGCUUCCCAUAUCUCCAUCCAGCUGCCCUCAUCUACUUGGUAUAAUUUACUUAUGCUCUGUCAAGGCAAAAGGGAGGCCUUUAUGUGAUAUGGGAGGUGUGCAUGGACCUCCCACCAACCCUGUAGGCCCCACAUAAAGCCUGUGCACUGGAAAUGGGGGGAGGGGCUCAGAGCCCUAUGGAAAUUGAUGCGCACAACUAAUGUUGUCUGCCUGAUUGCCUGGUAUGCCCCUAGUAUUUUUCUCAGGCAUACAAAUAUGUCUGCAACAUAAAUGUGGUUUUGUAACCUGGUGGAAAGCUUAACACCUCAGGCACUUAAAACCUCUAUUUGGGUUAUAAUGGGCUUACCUUGCCAGUUUUGUUUUCCAUAUAAAUAGAUUUGUGUAUUUGUUAAUUAACUUUUUUUCUGAAUGUAGGGUGUUGCUUUUCUGACCAUGUACAGAAAGUGUUCCUUAACUACUUACGACAUCCAACUCACCUGUGACUUCACUUCUAUUUCAUGCUACAUUUAGUUGAAUUGGGGAGCACUCAGCUCUCUCUUAAAUGCAGCAACUGUUUCUACAUAUAAAAAUUUCUUGUUCCUGUUUCAGCCUGUUGAAUAUUGAUAGAAAAGGUGCACAUAGCAUGUGUAAUUGUCCCCUGUAGCUUUCAGUUCCUCUUCAAUAAGGCAGGUGCUUUACAAAAAGCAUUGUUAUUCUGUUGAUAAUGACAUUCAAUGAAUCUUGUAGCAACUAACUGAUACUAGUUCAAACCUUUAGCACAGAUACAAACUUAGCUGCCUUUCUCACUCAGCUGAGACUCCCAUACCUAGACUAUUUCACCAUUAUUUAAAUUAUUUAUAAAAUGUUGGGUGAUUUUAAGAACAGGUGCUUUAGUUCUAUUGAUGUGCCAAACAUGGACCUUUGCAAAGUAUAACUUAAUCUGAACACCACCUCAACCUUCUGAAACAUGCCCCAUUAGCUAGCCAAGUAGGCACACAACUUCAUUUUAGAAGGUCAAGUGUUGGUCUUAAUAUAAUUCUAAGCGUAUUUUGCAUCUUUCAACAUGAAUAGGUUGGCCAUUGGUAGUCAGUAGAGCAUCUGAUUGGUUUCUAGGUUGAGCGGGUUAGAAAAAAAUCAUUCCUAUAGAGUUGUGAAUUUGGGUAUGUUCCUCCACUGCCCAUAUGUUCAUAGUCCUAACAAUAUUGCUCAAAUGACCUCUUGGGUUGUCCCCCAUCUGGCUGAUGGCUAGAAGAGAAGCAUAUCUGGCAGGAAUAUUCAACUGCAAAACACAAGUAUGCCCAAUAGCAUACUAAAACAUUGCAGUUCCUACUUUAUAACACAAAGUGCUUUUUUUAGCCUAAGAGUGACUAUACCCAUGAUGCAUGUCCAUCUUUUUUUAUCACAUCUGACUUCUUUGUAUUGUAAAUCUGUAUCUCGGGAUUGUUUGAAAGCCAAAACUGUCAAGUUCUGUGGUUCCCUUCUGCAGAUUUUCUUUGCUUACAUUUCCUCUUUGUUGGCAUCAUACUUCACAUCUUGGUUCUACAUAUGAACAUAUAGUCUCUAUGAACUUCCCUUUGAGAGAGCCUGUAACUAGUUGAACUGAUAUAAAGUGCUUCUUGAAGCAGCAGCAAAUUGGGGUACCUACUCUGUUUUAUUAAAAAAAAACUUGCUAUUUUCUUACUUCUAGCUAUGCUAAAAUGUACAUAAUUUGAGUAAGACCAUAGGAAAUUCACUUUAAGCUUGUUGUAAGGAUGCCACAUAGAGUUCACUUUGUUUCAUAAUGUUAAUGUUUAGUUUUUUUCCUGUCAAAAGAUUAGUGACAGAAUUGUCCGUUCCCUGAAAAUUCUUGUUUCAUGUGGAAACAACAUUAGUCUUAAGGAAAAGUUGAUGUAGCCUGUGCAGCAGCAUUAAGUGCUAUGGCUGCACUUGGACUUUUUCAUAAUAGUUAAGGCUUUUGUCUACAAAUAGUAUGCCUUGUCAAACAGAUGUGCUGUAUUUUACCAUGUAAACCAGCUAAUUGUUCACUGCAAACACUUUCCUUGAGAGCUUUUGGCAAGCAGGCAUGCAAAUGAAAGUGUGAGGCUGCCUUUGCAUUGGUUGCUUGCUACAAACAUUUCUUAAUCCAGAAUCAGUCUUGUGUAGUGUGGUAACCCUGCAGAAGACAACAUUGCUAUAACCUAGCUAAUAGUUGGUUUCGAUUCCUAACCCUUAUCAUUUCUACAUGAUAUAACCCAUUUGGCCUUGCUGUGUAGAACUCAUUCAUUUCAACAAAGGGUAAUCCUUAAUGCUCUUUCCAGAACAAAAAAUGUACAUUCUCUCCCCAUUCUUAAUUUUCUGUUGUUUACUACUGACUUUAUAAAUGAGAGUGCAACUUUAAAAUGUGCAUCUAUGCUUGUUGAUCUGUCAAAGCAUCUCUCCUCCAAUUGAUCUUUUUAUGGCUUAAAUGCUUGGUUUUAAGUUUUACACAUCUGGUUACAAAUUUGGAUCCCUGUAUGGCAUAUGAAACAUAAAAAUCUUGAACUUUAUGUUCUCUCUGUACAAUACUGUAAAAUACUUGCUAGCCUUUUUUGAGAAGUGUAGUUUUUUUUAAUAAAUGGGGUAUUUAUCUAUCCCAAGUGCAUUCCCACUUCUCACUUGCAAAUGCAACAAAUAAAGUCCAUUAUUUCUGCUAGCCAAAAUGGAUGUUGUGUUAGACUUUUUAAAUUCUGUCAAUAACUUGGUCAUUAACAACAUGAGAGGCUUGUGACAGUGCAUGUGUUUGGUAAUUAUGAAAAGGCCCAAUUUAGAAUGAAUGAAAAAAUUGUAAGACUAAAGGAGCUAACAGUUAAGUCUCUGGUGUCAUAUUUUAGGCUUUUCAUUUCAAAAUACAUGUGAAUACAGGGCCUCUUAGAUACAAUUUUUCCUAGCUUCUGGGCAAUUUGUAGUGCAUUCCUAUGGCCUUACAAAUAUAUUUUUCUGUGCAAAUUACAUUGUUCUCCCUUGGGCUUAUAAUUUUAAUAUGAUAUACUAAAUUCUGAGAAAUAAAACAUGAUCCAAAAGAGCCUAAUUUUUACAUACCAAUUAUUCUGCCAUGUGUGAAGCACAACUGAUCACCCCUCCAAAGGCAUAAAGUGGAAGAGCUCCUGCAGAUAAUGUGGACUUGUCAAAUGGUUAAGUUGUAAACCUAAUCAUUAAUUGUGUACUGAUACUGUAUAAAAAAGACGAAGGGGGGAGGGGUGGUAUUUCAAGUGAACUCUUUUAUAACUAUGUCCAUCUCAAAUAAAAUUACAUAAUUAAGUGUU